AUGGCUUCUUUGCUCCCAAUUUCUACUUACAACUUGGCCCUUGAGCCUUUCAACCCCCAGCCCGCCCUCCAAGAGGAUUUCCCUGUGACCGUGAGAAUCACCAUGGCCGCGGUGGACCCAGAGGCUGUUGACGACAAGGAGGAGCCUUCCACUUUGAGAGUGUUGAAGAGAGCAAUUCCAUUUGGCGACGACGACCUCUUGGACCUUGAGGCUGAGGACGAGGACGACGACGAAGAAGAUGAGUUAGAUGAAGAGGAGGAGGAAGAGGAAGAAGAGGAGAAGCCCAAGGAGAAGAAGAAGGAGAAGAAGGAGAAGAAGGGAAAGAAAGAUGAGAAGAAAGAUGAAGAAGAAGAAGAUGAUGAAGAGGACGACGAGGAUGACGAGGAUGAUGAGGAUGAUGAGGACGACGUUGAGGAAUUUGUUCUCUGUACGCUUUCUCCUAAGGUUCAGUUCCAGCAGACCCUCGACUUCACCAUCUCUCCCAACGAGGAGGUGCACUUCGUUGUUACCGGCUCUUACCCUGUGCACCUUAGCGGUAACUAUGUCGAGCACCCAGCCGACGACGAGGAGGACGACUACGAUUCCGACGAGGAGGACGACUACUACGAUGGCGAGGACUACAACUUGACCCCAGAUGAGGACGAGUUGAUGGACAUUGCCGAUUUGGAGGACGAGUCUGACGUCGAGGGCAAGAUCGAGGAGUUGGUGGAGGAUGACAACUCGAAGAAGAGAGCUGCUGACGAGGAGGAGGAGCAGCCUGCGAAGAAGAGCAAGAAGGACAAGAAGAAGGAGGAGAAGAAGGUGCAAUUCACCAAGGAGUUGGAGCAGGGCCCUACCCCACUGAAGAAGGAGAAGAAGAACAAGAAGGAGGAAAAGAAGGAAGAAAAGAAGGAGGAGGCCAAGGACAAGAAGGAGGACAAGAAGGAGGACAAGAAGGAGGACAAGAAGGAGAAGAAGUACCCUACGAAAACCUUGUUGGGCGGUGUGAUCACCGAGGACAGAAAGACCGGCACUGGCGCCACCGCCAAGUCGGGCCACAAGGUUGGAAUCAGAUACAUUGGUAAGUUGAAGGACGGUAAGGUGUUCGACAAGAACACCAGCGGCAAGCCAUUUGUGUUCAAUUUGGGCAAGGGCGAGUGUAUCAAGGGCUUCGACUUGGGUGUUGCCGGCAUGGCCGUUGGCGGCGAGAGAAGAGUGAUUAUCCCACCCAAGAUGGGCUAUGGGUCGCAGAAGUUGCCAGGAAUCCCGGCCAAUUCCGAGUUGACUUUCGACAUCAAGUUGGUGUCGCUCAAAUAG